GGUCGGUUCGUUCUUUGUCGUUUAGAGAUGAGAAAUCACUGUUAAGAUCCUCUAUAAUCUCACAAAAGGUUUUCAAACGAUUUAAAAGCAAUGCGUUUGAAAAACGUGCACUCGGAUCGUACGCCGUGAAGAGGUCUUACCUGCUUGUGGGAAAUUAUCUUAAUUCAUAAUCGAAUUUUGUACAAAAUGCUUUCUCCAAGCCCUUUCGUUUACUGGGCCCAAGAUUCGGCGAACAUCUUUUUAAAAGUCGAUCUCAAAGACAUUAAAGAUGAAUCAAUUUCCAUUGUCAAAGAUGCUCUGCAAAUGUCGGCCAAAGGGGUCGGGGCUCAUGGCGCAACUUCAUACUCUUUCGUUUUGAAUUUUUAUUCGGAUAUAGAUUUGGAUGAAGAUGCGCACCAAGUGAAAACAUCUCCAAGAGCUGUUGAGUUUAUAUUAAAAAAGGCUUCUGCGUGCUGGUGGCCACGUUUGAUAAAACACCAACAGAAACCACCAUGGCUAAAGAUUGAUUUUGAAAAGUGGAGAAGUGAGGAUGAAGAUUUUUCAGAUGCUAAUAAUUCAAAUUCUAAUGUAGCGAAUACUAAAGACAUAAUGGGUGACUAUCCAGAACUGUAUGAAAAAUUGAAAAAAGAAGAGUUCGGAUAUGUAAAAGAAGAUAUCAAAAAAGUGUAUCUAGUGUUUUACAAUUUGACCCAGUUUGUGUUUUUUAUGUACAUUCUGAUUGUCAUGGGUGUACGUUUUGCAAAAGAAGGAGCAGAUUCUUUGGAAGAUACUUAUGAAGUAGUAGGAGCAGUGCUUAAAUUUGCCCAGCUCAUCCAGUAUCUUGAAGUCAUGCAUCCGUUGUUCGGGUACGUCAAAGGAAGUACUACUAAAGCUUUAAUGCAAGUCACAGGCAGAUGCAUUGUACUUUUUGCUAUGAUUGAGCCAGAGCAGAGAAUGUGGAGAAAGCCGGUCGUGUCAUGGCUUAUCAUCAUUUGGUCAACUAUUGAAAUUAUAAGGUAUCCCUACUACAUAGCAGAACUUUAUAACAAAAGCUUUGGGCUUCUAACUUGGCUGAGGUACACAAUGUGGAUACCAUUGUACCCUUUAGGAGCUUUGUGCGAGGGUAUAAUAAUAAUCAGAAACAUUCCAUAUUUUGAAGAAACUGAAAGAUUUGUAGUUUCUCUGCCAAAUGCCUGGAAUGUCACUUUCCACACUCCCACAGCAAUGAGAAUUUAUCUUCUCUUCUUCUUUUUCCCUGGUUUAUGUAGUCUAAUGACUCAUCUCCACCGCACACGGGAGAAGAAACUCAAAUCACGCCAGUGGAAGCAAAAGAUAAAAUCCAAGUGAGCUAAGUCAAUUAAGUCCAAUAAUUAACAGCAAAACACCACAACAAUCACAAUUUAGGUAAUGUCAGUCAUAAUUAAAUAGUUUAAUAUUAAAUUAUUUAAAAUAUAUAAGUAUUUGACUUUUUAAUUAUUAGUUUAUUGAACCAGUUGUAUAAAAUUGAUAGUUAUAAGCCAUCAAAAUUUGUAAGCUUGUAAUUCUUCACUAGCUAAAUUCACGUAAUGAAUAUUUCUUAUCUUUUUUUAAAAUGUUGUAUUAAUUUUAAAUAAAUCAGGCAAA